AGCGCAGGAGGCCCGGCUCUGUUCUGAUAUAUCGCUCCGCCGCUAGGGUUUUCAGGGAUCCCGCCUCACACCGCCGCAAGGACUCGCGACGGACGGAGCAACGGAGGAAGCAACUACGCGGCAGCCAUGGUCAGCGACUCCCACCUAUCCUCCUUUUACCUUGUGCUUACGAUCUCAGGCCUUUUCUGUCUGCCUUGUGGUACAUGGCCCUGGAUACUCUGUCCCGAUUCGUUCCUGUGUUUUGGUCUAAUUCUGCCAGCUCGGGAUGGAGAGCAGUAAUGUGAACGUUCCGAAAACCAAGAAGACCUACUGUAAGAACAAGGAAUGCAGGAAGCACACCCUGCACAAGGUUACCCAGUACAAGAAAGGUAAGGAUAGCCUUUCAGCUCAAGGGAAGCGACGUUAUGACCGCAAACAGUCUGGAUAUGGUGGUCAGACAAAGCCUGUUUUCCACAAGAAGGCAAAAACAACAAAGAAGAUUGUGCUGAAGCUGCAGUGCCAGAGCUGCAAGCACUACUCUCAACACCCGAUCAAGAGGUGCAAGCACUUUGAGAUCGGUGGUGACAAGAAAGGCAAGGGAACCUCUCUGUUCUAAGCGUAUCAUAAACUUGCUCAGGGUCUCAAGUAUCUGUCAGAAUUUACCAUUACAAACACCCUGUGCUUAGCUUCUGCAUAUGUUCUUUUGUCACAUCUUUUUGGUACGUUGUAGUUUGUAUGAGACCAAGCUAUUGUUUCGUGUUAUUAUUAUAUUUCAUGAAAUUGUCAACAUGACCGUUUGCUUGACUGUAAACAUAGUUCUGAGCUUUGGGCAAACAGUAGUUUAAUUUAUCGUAUCCAUCUUGAGACUGUUGUUUGUUCGAAAUAUAAUGGUGGAAUGACGUCGUUAA